UAAAAAUGGCAUUUUAUUGGCUUUUGCAAUCUUAUUUUCUAUUAUGCACACUAUUGGUCGUCAGUGUUUAUACUGAAGAAAUUUCUAAAACCAUACUGUCAAAUGUUUCAACGAAUUUUUCUUGUUUUAAUCGGCCUAUGGGAUUUUAUGCCGACGUCGAAGCAAAUUGCAAAGUAUAUCACACGUGCGAUGAUCAUGGAAAUAAAUUUAGUUACCGAUGUCCCGAAGAAACGGCUUUUCGCCAGGACGCCUUAAUAUGUGACCACGUUCAUCUCGUUGAUUGCCGAGCAAUCACUUAUCUGUCAACACAACUUCAAAAUGAAAACGCCGAUAAGGAAAAUGCGCACACGAUGCAUUUGACAAGAUCACCAAUCGAUUCGCUUGAUAAUCAUCGACACUCAUUUUCACGUUCCUUCAGAGUAAUUCAACAACCGGAUAAAAUGAAAUCUGAAAUAAAUAAAGCCCAAUCUGGCUUUGUGUUCAGUGCAAGUCUAUUCUUAAGAGAUAAGAUACAAAAUCAAACUGAACAAAUCACCGAUACUUGUACAACAUGCAAUACUAAUUCGAAGAAUCGCAUGAUAAUUUCCACUUCUCGAUCGCUUACAGAACAGAUUAAUUCUUGGAAUUCACGUAACGAUAAAUCAAUUCCGCCAAGACAGUCAUUACCUUUAUCGUUAUCGGAGACUCGCGCUUUCGCGCGAGACAAAAGUACCGCGUAUCGUUCGUUCGACUCGAUCGCUAAUUCUUCGCUCGUGAAAAUGAUAUCAGAAGCUAAUCAGCCUUUGUCUGUUCUGCAUAAAGAAUCUUCUUCCUUGAAUUACAAUAGUGACUAUCAUCCAUAUUCAGAAACUUUGAGGUCGAUCCAGGCUAACGCUCAUACGCUCAAUAUAAAGUCCACCACGGAAAUACCCGUACAUGCUUUAACGCUCUCCUUAAAGCCGUUAGUGCCAAAUGAAUUGGAAUACGAUCCCUACUAUCCCAAAGAACCGACGUCUACUGAGGCAUAUUACACACCCAGCAAUAGUAAUAAGGUCAAUAGCGUUCGUCUUUCCAACCAGACGCCACCGAUAAUCGUGCACCCUAAUUUUUUCGAAAUUCCAUCUAUACUGCCCGAUCUGAAUACUUUAGAGGAUUUGGUCGAUCGCCGAAAAUUUUUUUAUAUCCCGCGCGCAAACAUUAAAUCGAUGCACCGUUAAUUACUCAAUCUUCAUAUUUAAAAUGUUAUAUGUGAAAGAAGUUUAAAUUGCUUUACUGCGUUGCAAAAUAAAUUGUGUAUUGUAUUCGUCUGAUGUGUGUGCGUUAAUAAUAUAUUGUUUGCGAUUUAUUUUAAUACCUAAAAGUGAUCUAACAAAUAUUGAAUGUUGGAAUUCGGGGCGAUUCAAAAAGAAUUUUCAUCUCUUAAAGCAGAUGGCAAACGAGUUGUUACUAUGCUGAAAGAAAUUAUUUCAUAUGAAAAAUUUAAUUACGUUAUAUUACUGAUGUUAUUAUUGAUGCAUCACCUGCUUGAAUUCUGAUGCCAAUGAUUUAUGAAUGGUGUUAAAAAUUU